CAGCAGACACACUGUGCAGACUCGUGAUGCUACUUGUUUUAUGUGUGUGCGCAUUUCUUUCUGUCCUUCGCUCAUCUGUUUUCGGCUUCGCUGAUCAGGAAACCGGGCCUGGCAGAACUCUGCCGCGGUCCUCUCGUGUCGCUCACAGUCUCUCUGGGUUUAUUUAUUCAACUUCUUCACGAGAGCGGAUGACGUGGAUUUAGCACAAAGUGUCCAGAGGAACAGUGCAAGGAGUCAUUAAUCACAAAAGUCACUGUUUUUCUUCCCGAUAGUUUGUUUUAUUCCUCUACACGAUGGCGUCUGUUUGGGAUGACUUGGAUCUGCUCUUAGACUCCCCGUCUUCUCUGACAGAGACAUCGAACACGCGAGGGACUGUGAAGGACAAGCCCAAUUUCAAAGUGGAAGAAGACGUGUCUGCAUUGAGGAAGGCGAUAGAGGGUCUUGGAACAACAGAAAAAACAAUAAUUGAGGUGUUGACUCAAAGAAGUAAUGGCCAACGCCAAAUCAUCGCUAAGGCUUAUGAGAAAGCCACAGGAAGGACCUUAGUGGCUGAUCUGAAGGGUGACACCCAUGGAGAUUUUGAGGACUUGUUAGUUGCCUUGGUAACGCCUCCUGCUGUUUACGACGCCCGCGAAGUCAUCAAAUCCAUAAAGGGUGCAGGGACCACAGAGAGCACGCUGACAGAAAUCUUUGCCUCGAGAUCCAACCGGCAGAUUAAAGCGCUGUCUGACGCAUACCUGGCAGAAAUCGGAAGGUCUCUGAUAUACGAUCUGAAGUCUGAGGUGUCUGGAGACUACGGCAAAGCCCUGCUCAUCCUGGCUGAGGGGAAGAGAGAUGAGAGCAGCAACGUGGAUGCUGCCAAAGCCAGAGCGGACGCCAAGGCUCUGUAUGAAGCAGGAGAGAAGAAGUGGGGAACGGACGAGGACAGAUUUAUCGACAUCCUGUGCCACAGAAGUGUUCCCCAGCUCCGCCAGACUCUGGUCGAGUACAAGAACAUCAGCAACAAGACUCUGCAGGAGAGCAUUGAGAGUGAGAUGUCUGGAAACCUGGAGACGCUGCUUGUGGCCGUUGUUAAGUGUGUGAAGAGCACUCCUGCGUACUUCGCUGAGAAGCUGCACGAGAGCAUGAAGGGUUUGGGGACCACAGAGUCCAUUUUGACCAGGGUACUGGUCUGCCGCUCUGAAAUAGACCUGUUGGACAUCAGAGUCGAAUACAAGAAGCUGUUUGGAUAUUCGCUCUACUCCCAAUUAGAGUCCGAUGUGUCCGGCAGCUACGGCGACGCACUCAAACGUCUUUGUGGCCAAGACAACUGACUCCUCCCCUGACAGCAGCUUCCCACAUAUCUAGAGCAUUAUUAGUCACUGACCUUUCCAUUACAUUUACACAAACAGGGCCAAGUAACUAUGAAUCUACUCAUCAUGGAGAAGCAGUAACAGCUCCAAAACGUGACAAGUUUGAUGUUCUGUAUUUCUGCUGGUGUUAACAGUAACAAAACUAUUAAAUGCACAUUUAUUAUUCUUCUAA